AUGGCGUUUGCCUGGGAUGCACCACCUUCGAGCUUUGUCAAGCAAGUUGGAGAUGGAGGGAGAUUAGUUCCUGUUCCAAGCCUCAGUGAAGCUGACAAAUAUCAACCUUUAAGUCUGGUGGUAAAAAAGAAGCGAUGCUUUCUGUUUCCUAGGUAUAAAUUUACCUCGACACCUUUUACACUGAAAGAUAUUCUACUAGGAGACAGAGAAAUUUCAGCUGGUAUUUCAUCUUAUCAAUUACUGAAUUAUGAAGAUGAAUCAGAUGUUUCACUGUAUGGAAGGCGAGGCAACCAUAUUGUAAAUGAUGUUGGGAUUAACGUUGCUGGCUCAGAUUCCAUUGCAGUAAAAGCAUCAUUUGGCGUAGUAACCAAACAUGAAGUGGAAGUAUCAACAUUACUCAAAGAAAUCACGACACGAAAAAUUAACUUUGACCACAGCUUGAUCCGUCAGUCAAGGAGUAGCCGAAAGGCAGUUUUGUGUGUGGUCAUGGAAAGCAUUCGAACCACACGGCAGUGUUCACUGUCUGUGCAUGCUGGAAUUCGUGGGGAAGCAAUGCGGAGUUGUUCAAUUAUAUCUUCUAAAAAUUCUUUUAUAGACCUUUGUGUCACUUCAGUGUCAAAAGGAGGGUUUGAAAGGGAAGAAACGGCAACAUUUGCACUGUUCUACAGACUGAGAAACAUUCUAUUCGAAAGAAACAGAAGAGUGAUGGAUGCCAUUUCUCGUUCACAGCUUUACUUAGACGAUCUUUUUUCUGACUACUACGACAAACCUCUCAGCAUGACUGAUAUUUCACUCAAAGAAGGGACACAUAUCCGAGUUAACUUACUUAAUCACAACAUUCCAAAAGGGCCUUGCAUACUCUGUGGGAUGGGAAACUUUAAAAGGGAGACCGUGUACGGGUGCUUUCAAUGUUCUGUUGAUGGACAGAAGUACGUGAGACUGCAUGCAGUUCCUUGUUUUGAUGUUUGGCAUAAGAGAAUGAAAUAA